AUGAAAGUCAAGAACACUAGUUAGGAGCCAAUAAGAAAUGCCAAAAAUAUUAAGACAUCGCCUACAGCCAGUGAAAUGAUUUAAGGCGGUGGUCAGGCUGAGGAAUAAAAUGACAGAGACAGUCUGAUAAAGUAUCUUAAAGGAGCACUUCAAGACUACCAAAAGAACAAGAUGAAUGCAUUGAGUAACAGCUCUAUAGAAGUGAAAAAUCACCUAUAUUACUCUUAUAAUAAAAAGGGUUUCAAGAAAAUGAUUUAGAAUGAUCAAUCCAAUAAAAGUUAAGUAAAAUUACCAACGCUAGAUUCUCAUCUUAAUAAUAACAAUAAUGUAACAACUGCUGAAAAUACUCAGGCAAAUACAACAAUCUAAAACCAAAAGAACAAUCCCUCAACUUUCUAGACUAUCAAGCACCAGACUACCAUGAACUCAUAAUUUAGCCAGCAAUAGCAGUAGCAAGUGCAGCAAAAUCCACAGAUGUAUAACUCAGCUCCUCCUAACAAUAGUCCUCCAGCAAGUUACUUCUAAAAAUCAGAGUAGUAUCAACAAUAGCUGUAGAAAUUUGACGGAUAGUAAUUGAGAGAGAAGCACUAUCAAAAUAAAAGUCAGAAGGAAAGAGUAAACAAAUUGAUCCUUAAUAAAGAUAUCCGAUUAUUGUCACCUAAAGUUAAGAUUCUAGAGGAUAGCUUGCCUCCUAAUUAUGACCAGUCUCUAUUGAAAUCUAGAUUUAAGUAUAGCAGAAUGAAUAAGGCAAAGAAACAUGGAGCAUUGAGCAGAACGUAGAAGAAUGACUUAGACAGAACGCAAAUCAACAAUACCAGCAAUGACUCAAGAUACUCCUAGAAGGGCAAUAAAACUUUGAUCUCGCAUAUUAAACCUUCAGAUUCCCCAGUACUGGUUAAAGCUUAUUAGAACACUGAGACAAGCAACUAAACUUUAACCCUAGUUGACCCAAAUAAAAGUUUUUAUGAAAAAGUAGAAAGAUACAAAUAAUACGUUCUACCCUACCUUCAUCAUUAAAGUUCGACAUCGCUUUUUAAUCAAAAUUCCUCGCCUAGAUAAAGCUUGAAGAAAGAUCAUAAAUUGGAUAAAAUGAUGUCGAAGUACUUGCCUUCUUCGUAUCAAAAAAAGCAAAAUAUGACAUCAAACUUAGAUCUCACUAAAUCACAAAAUAUACUCACUUAAAGCUAGAACAAUUUAAUUAAGAAAAAUUCUUUUCAAACUCCAUUUAUGAUCAUCGAGAAAUAGAGACAACUAACGAAACUAAAUCAAUGGUAGAGAUAAGUCCAAAUAGAAUUAUCAAAAAGCUAGGAGGGCUCCCUACAAUCGAUUCCAAAAAGUCCUUAACCGAAGGCUAGGGUAUCUUAAGGGAUUAACAAAUCAUAUGAUAACAUUGGGCGGCCAUCUUGCUUUAAGAUGGAUCCAGUCUAUAUGAAUUCCAAUCACAACUUUACCAAGCUAAAUAUGCCUGUGAAUCUUUCCCCAAUAAAUUAUUCAAAGCAUAUAGAUGACUUUGUGAUUACAGAAAACGAUGAAUUCAGAAAUGAUAUGGAAUCAUUUAAAAUACUGUAGAGAUAAUUUGAUCUGCAAAAUAGAUUUCACGACUUCAACAAGCUAUCUGUGACUGGAAGUACUACAAAUUUAUUAAACAUUACAAAUUUAACACCUCGAAGAAAGCUCUUGGUAUUUAAGAACAGGCCAACGCACAGACAAAAACAGCCCUCACCUUUGAAAUAAAUAGUACAAUCUGGCUAAGGCAAUCAUAGAAGGCACCGUUCUACCAUCAAAUUCCCCUCUACUAUUAUUAAUCUAGCUGAAGUUAAUCAGAGAAAAAGCAUGAUGGAGGUUUUUAACCGUCAGGAGAACAUUGAUCAAGGAUUUGGAUAAGGAAUAAGCAAUGAGUAUAACUUAAACGAGACGUUAGCCAAUUUUGGAAACAACGGGAGCUUUAUAUUACAGGAUUUAAAACCUAGGUAUGCGAAUCCUCUCAAGCAAUAAGAGUAAGAAGAUCCUAACAAAUCAAUAUCAGUUGAUGGAUGGAAUGAAUGA